GGUUUUGAAGACUCCGUCGUUGUGGGAAACAACAGAAACCACUUGACUUCGUUAAGCAACUGGCUAGCACCUGUGGCUAAAGGCAUUUAUUCUCUCUGGAAGCGCUGUUGGCGUGCAUCUGUGGACGGUUGGGCUGCAAGUACAUUUCACUCACGAUGUGAUGGCAAGGGACCGACUGUAACAAUAAUAAGGGUUGGAAAAUAUAUUUUUGGAGGAUACACCAGUAUUUCAUGGGGUAAGUUAUUGUUGUUGAGAUAGGCUGAUCCAGGCGUUCAGAUAGUAGUGGGCGGUGCUCGGAUGGUGGGGAGCGAGUUACGCAAAGGAAACGAGGAAGAGCAAAACUAUCCAGCCUUUGGAUGCACAGAUUGAAAGGAUGUUUUUUUUAACUUUUCUUAGAUCUUGUUCUAGCCUCACUCCGCCACUUAUCCUCUCGUAUCCUCACCAUUUCCUGAAUUUAAAGACGAUUCUUAUCACUAGUGAGCUUCAUUUGAAGCUAAAAAGUACUUAUCCGGCCAUGAAUAUUAUUAUCUUUUAGCUGGGAAUUCCAGGCUGCAAGUACAGCAUGCUAAAUCAAGACAGUUGUGAUAAACGGAUUAUUAAGGCUUAUUUUUAGGAAGCCUUUAAAGGUACUAUUUCUGUAUCAAAGCUUUGUGCUUUUAAGGCCUAUACAUGUUAAAGGGCCAUAUUUAGUUUUACGAAUGUGCCCUUCUCCAUUCUAAAUUUUCUUACUAACAUUAUAUAUGUACACGUGAUUUAAACAACCUUCUACUAAUUUAUUGUACAAUUGAUGUAUUAUCUAUAGAAUGGAGUAAAAAAAAUACAAAUAAAAUGCAAAUACAUUUAAGGCGAUGGAGCCUGCUAAAUCAACUACAUGUACUUUGGUAAGAAAAACUGUGUUAAAAAGUUCAGGAGUCAGUUGAAACGAAAACUUCAAACUUGGUGGCAAAUUAGUAUGUACUGCGUCUGAGUGAAUUUACCAUUAUUUUAAUAGUGCGUCCGUCGGUGACUUUGUUCAGUUAAAAUAUAAUAUAGUUAAAUAUAAAUAUUUUCUCGAAUGAAAAGUUUUUUGUAUAUCAAUUAAUUGAACUUCUUUCCGUUAAAAUACUUGAAGGAUUUGCUCUAUAGCAACCGUUAUUUGAUUAGUGCUCUUUCUUUGUUUUGUUUUGUUUUUUUUUUCCCGCAUUUUUAUUGUUAUUAUUUUCUUAAAUUUGGUUUUAAAAUGUUUGUACUUGUGCUACAAAUACAAUAACAUGUCAGACUCAAAUUCGUUUUCAUCUUUAGUUUUGUUUGUUGGUUUUUUUGUUUGUUUGCUUUUUGGCAUUUUUUAUUGUUUUUUAGUUUUUUUAAAUGAUGUGUACCUUUUUUAAAUGUUUGUACUUGUCCUACAACUACAAAGUAAAAUAAAUAAAACAUAUCAGACUCACAUUCGUUUCAAAUGAGAAAAUUUGUUUCCAGGUUUGUCUUUGGUCAGGUGCUUUAAUUUCUUAAGUGAGUAUCAGAAAAAACGACGCAAGUUACACUUGGUUCCAUCUUUAAUUUAUCUCUGAUAGAUUCCAGCAGUGGGUGGCAGUACGACUCCAAAGCAUUUUUGUUUUCACUGGUGAACAAACCAGGAUGGGCAGCUGUUAAACUGCCUCAGACAGGGAAAUAUAGUUCAAGAAGAGCAUAUUCCAUAUACGGUGGCUCAUCUGAUGGGCCUAUAUUUGGAGGAGGAAAUGACAUUCGCAUUUCCAACCACGCGACAUCCAACAGAAAUUCUUACAGCAACAUUAGCAAUACCUACAGCCCACCGAGCGGGUACAGCUACGGCAGUGCCUUCGCCCAAACAUUCCUGGCAGGAACUUACAACUUCACACCAGACGAAGUGGAAACUUUUUACGAAACAAACAAGAAAUAA